AUGCCUCGCACUAUCACUUUGUCAGACGGCAAAAAGAUCCCUGCUAUCGGAUGGGGUAACGGCACAGGCGGGUUAGGCAAAUCAGGUCAAAAAGCCGUAGAAACCGGAGUGUUGGCUUUGAAAGCGGGCAUCCUGCAUAUCGAUACAGCUCAGUCGUACUACACUGAGAAGGAAACCGCCGAAGCCAUCAAAGCCUCUGGGCUCAAACGAGAAGAUGUAUUUGUCACUACCAAAAUCUCCGUAACUUCCAACACCAAGACUACUCAGGAAGAUAUCAAACGUUCCGUUGGCGAAUCCCUCGGUCUGCUCGGCUUCAUUCCCGAUCUUCUCCUAAUCCACUCUCCGUUCGUCCCGGAGGAUGGAAAGAUUGGAGAGUUUUGGACUCAUCUCGAGAACCUUGUCGAGGAUGGAACUUUGGCAGGAUGUAGCUUGGGAGUUAGUAAUUUCAGACCUCAGGAUAUUGAAGAGGUCAUGAAGGUUGCGAAGAUCAAGCCGGUGGUCAACCAACUCGAAUAUCAUCCCUACGUCAUCACUCACCUUGAACCCCUUCUCGAAGCUCAUGAAAAAUACGGCAUCGUCAUCGAGUCUUACGGAGGUCUUUCCCCCGUCCUUCGUCAUCCCACAGGUGGACCCAUCAAACCUGUAUUAUCGAAGAUCGCCUCCAAGCUGUCCACCGAAUCGGGCACUACCGUUGACGAGACUCAGGUGUCGCUUCUCUGGCAAGUAUGCCGCGGGAUUGUCGCCGUCACUUCUAGUACGAAAGCUGAGAAUUUGGCGAAGAUCGCUGCGACUGAGAGAUUGAGGGAUCUCACGGAAGAGGAGUUGACAGAGAUUGAGGACGUGGGGAAGACUGUCCAUUUCAGGGCGUACAAGGUCCAUAUGACGAAAGACUUUCCCGAGCCGGAUCUUCCCACCGGCGAGUAG